GAAACCGAAAUUACCUAAGACCUAAAAAAACAAGCACGAUCCCAGCGCACCAGAAGCAACAACCUCAAACCAGAACAGAGAGAAAAGAAGAGAGAGAAAGGGGUAGAGAGAGAGACAGAAACGACAAGAACAGCGGCAAGCACCAACCCAACAUGUGCGAGGCCCUGAAGAGCGGGUACCAGCUCCUGGAGGAGCUCGGCCGCGGCCGCUUCGGCACCAUCUACCGCUGCUUCUCCCCGGACAAGAACGCCUUCUACGCCUGCAAGGUCAUCGACAAGGCCCUCCUCUCCGACGACCCCGCCGACCGCGCCUGCCUCGACAGCGAGCCCAAGAUCAUGUCCCUCCUCUCCCCGCACCCCCACGUCGUCUCCGUCGUCGACGCCUUCGACUCCCCGGACUCCCUCUCAAUCGUCAUGGACCUCUGCGACCGCCGCACCCUCUUCGACCUCGUCGCCCACCGCCCCCUCCCCGAGCCCGAGGCCGCCCGCCUCGCCGCCCAGCUCCUCUCCGCCCUCGCCCACUGCCACCGCCUCCGCGUGGCGCACCGCGACGUCAAGCCCGACAACGUCCUGCUCGACGAGCGCGGCGCCCUCAAGCUCGCCGACUUCGGGUCCGCGAUCUGGCUCGGCGAGGACGGCGCGGCGACCGCGGAGGGCGUGGUCGGGACGCCCUACUACGUCGCGCCGGAGGUGCUGCUCGGGAGGGAGUACAACGAGAAGGUGGACGUGUGGAGCGCCGGGGUGAUCCUGUACAUCAUGGUGGCCGGGGUGCCACCGUUCUACGGGGACUCCGUGGAGGAGAUCUUCGAGAAGGUGGUGAGGGGGAAUCUGAGGUUCCCGACGAAGCUUUUCAGAGGCGUGUCCGCGGACCUUAAGGAUCUGCUGAGGAAGAUGAUCUGUCGGGACGUUAACCGGCGGUUCUCUGCAGAGCAGGCUUUGAGGCAUCCAUGGAUUCUCAAUGGAGGCGAGACGAACUCCCUAGCUGAUAUGACCUGAAUAAAGAGCAGACCCCCCUCUCUCUCCCAAAAACUAUUGGGUUGGUGGUAGUGGCAGGAUCCUGUAAAUACGCCACUGCUUUGGCUUUUCCCAAUGUGAAUUCAUCAUCAGUUCAGAUCACACUCUUCCCCUGCUUCGCAAUCUCUGCCCGAGCCCGUGACUCUCCAGAGCCAAGAUGGAUCGCAUUCCAGAGCGAGGACACCUGGAGGCUUACUGCUGAGAGACUGCAGAGUUCCAUCUUUGUUCAGUUUUGUUCCUUUUUUGUUUUUUUAAUCUCUUUUGUGAAGGGGCUUAUGUGCCUGGUAUUUUGGAGGAGGUAAAUAGGGGUUUUGAGAAGAGCCUGCCCCGUCUUUCCCCGCCCCAUCUCUUUUUUUUCCCCCAUGAAGAGUGAGGAAGUGAGAAAGCCGCUAGUUGGAAACGGCCAAAAUAGAGAAAAACCGAGAGAGAGAGAGAGAAUCGUGCUUUUUUGUAUCUUCUUAUGUGUAAUCUGUGCUGAACGGAAUCAAGAAAAUCCUCUUUUUCUUCCCUUUCA